AUGUCAGAGAAACGAAUAGAUCCCGAGGAUGGCGGGAGCUACACUCUGCAGGAGCUCAAGAGCUAUUACAGAAACAAGUAUAGCGCAGCCGACAUCCAGUCUUACUGGAGCUCGACAUGCAAACCUUUCAGGCCCGAGGGCAAAGGCAAGAAAGGCAAGGGCACGGGCACCUCAAAGGCGAAGGCGGAGGCUAAGGCCAAGGCCACGGCGAAGAGCAAGCAGAGGGGGCCCGCGAAUCCGAAGCGCUUCAUCAACGACGAAGACAAGGUCGUGCAGGAUUGCGUCGACGGCCUGAUAUGGGCAACCCCUUCGCUGGGCCGCCUGGACGCGUUUCCAGACAUCAAGGUGGUGUUCCGAACUGACUGGAACAAGGACAAGGUAGCGAUCAUAUCCGGUGGGGGUGCAGGCCACGAGCCCAUGCACGGCGGCUUCGUGGGCAGGGGCAUGCUCACCGCGGCGAUCUCGGGAGAGACCUUCGCGUCGCCGACCAUCGACGCGGUCUUGUCGGCCAUCAUGCAGGUGACCGGCCCCAAGGGUUGCCUCCUCGUCAUCAAGAACUACACGGGCGACCGCCUGAACUUCACGCUGGCGGCGCAGCGAGCAGAGAGACUCCUUCCAGGUGGAGCGAAGGUCGAGAUCGUGAUCACGAAGGACGACGUGGCCACCGUGGCGGAGCGCGGGGUCGCAGGCACGCUGUUCGUUCACAAGGUGGCUGGCGCCCUGGCGGAGCAGGGAGCGUCACUGGAGAAGGUGAAGGAGGCCGCCGAGGCAGUGAUCGAGGCCUCCGCCAGCAUGGGCGUCUCUUUGUCGGUGGUGCGCCGCCUGAAGCCGGAGAGCAUCGGCAUCAAGAAGAUGGAAGUCGGCCUGGGAAUCCACGGCGAGCCAGGAAAGUCGGUCGUGGACAUGUGCUCCGCAGAAAAGGUGGUGGAGAUACUCAUGGAGGGGAUCAUGAGUGGCAAGCGAAUGCAGGCGCCCGCUCCCGACGGCUACGCCUGCCUCAUCAACAGCCUCGGGAACGUUCCCCCGCAGGAGAUGUGCGUCCUCACAGGCUCACUGAUGAAGUCCAAGUGGGGCGAGACUGUGAAGCUGCUCGUCGGGCCUGCACUCAUGUGCACCUCGCUCGACAUGAACGGGGUCUCCCUAUCGCUGCUGCGGCUCACGCCGGAGUUCUCGGCGUGCCUGACAGCCGACACCGUCUGCUCGGCAUGGCCAAGAGCAGUCGUGCCAUCCUUCCCGGAGCUCGUGAAAUGCGAUUUCAAGCUGGAUCCGAUGGACGGGGUGAGCCCGUCAUCCGACGCAGACGUGUCGGCGGUGAUGGACAAGGUGUGCAAAGCGCUGGCCGACGCCAAGGGCGUCCUCGACGAGCUCGACGGCAAGGUGGGCGACGCAGACUGCGGCUCCACGAUGGCCAGAGCGGCGGCGACGGUGCUCGAGGCCAAGGAGAAGCUGCCCCUCGCCGACGCCUCACUGCUGUGCAGCUGCCUGUCCGGCAUCACUGGAAAGUCGAUGGGCGGAUCGAGCGGCGUCCUCCUCAGCAUCAUGUUCAUGGGCAUGUCGCAGCACCUGGCCAACUCUGCCAAGAAGGGCUGGGCGGAGGGCGGCCCGUCGGCCCUGAUGGCCGGGUUGGAGGCUAUGAUGAAGGCCGGUGGGGCCCAGGAGGGCAGCCGCACCAUGCUGGACGCCUUCGUGCCAGCGGCCAAGGCGCUCAUUGCGGGCGAGGGCUUCGCGGGCGCGUCCAAGGCAGCGAAGGACGGCGCUGAGGCGACGAAGUCCAUGGCCCCGAAGGCGGGGCGGACGGAGAACGUGUCCGAGGCCGCGUGGAAGGGCGUUCCCGAUCCUGGCGCACAAGCAGUGGCGCUGGUCUUUGCCGCGCUGGCGUAG